UGAUUCAGAAACUCAAAAGCGACUCAGCCUCUUUGCUGUGGGAGUUCAGGGUCAGGCGGGGCAGACCUCGUAUUGUCAAUUUGAGCGGCCAUGACGUUUUCCAACUUCAUCCCUCGAUGUUCGACAGCCUUGUUGGAAAAGGUCAGGUUAGGACUCGAUGGAGAAACUACUAGUAUCGACAGUGCUCUUUAUCGUUCCCGUCAUUGCUCGUGACCCGGAUGUUCUCUGCGUCUACCCUCUCUCCGGGGUGUACGCCCCGCUCCAGCGGAUCCUCUUCUAUGUCCUGCUCUCGUUCGGAGUUAUAGGUCGUCGCCAGCGAUGGCUCGUCGCUGGUGCUCUCGCAAGCGCGAUGACAUAUUGCGGUGCAGCAGCGAUCCAAUCUUUUUUCCUUAUUGCGAAAGCCAAGUCGCCUGUUGUUGAUCUCGACAUCUAUGGUGUCUUUGCGGUCACGUCGACGGGGUUCAUGCUCACGGCGCCGUUACUGGCGUGGUCAACGACACUUCAAUCUGCGGAGCGGGAGAUCCGAAUGAUUAUAUCUCUCUGGUCACUUCUCAUCGCUAUCGGUGCGAUUCUCACUACCGCCGGGAUCUACAUUCGGGCCGACUCCGAGGGCCCAGAGUGUUUCGGCCCAGAGUCUGAUAUCACGUCUGCGGUAUCCACCCUGUAUAAUGCAUCGACGGACUGUACGUAUGCAUGCUUCGCUGAGAAACACCCUCUGUUCCGCUCAGGCAGCGACGCGCUUGCAUGGAAGAACCAACUCGACGCUCCGCGCGACAUCACCGCCGUAUUCGUCCCCAACAUCUCGGCCAGCAUGUUAAGCGCAAUCAUCGUCUGGACCUGGGUCAUCCGCAAGGGCAACGCAGUUCUCCUCCAACCACCGCCGGUCUUCACCCGCUUCGAACUAGGUUGGGUAAGCGCACGACUCUUCGGGAAACAGCGCGGCCGGCGAGAUCAUGCCGUUCCUCCUUUGCGACUCAGAUCCACACAGAGACCUGAAGUCCAGUACCGUUUCCCCAAACUGGUCGAAGCAUUCCAGUACUACUUCGUCCUGGGCUCUUCCGCAGUCUUCAUCGUGAACCUCGUCAUGAAUGAAGUCCGGCUUCGCUCGUUACCGACGAAUGAGAUGCCGUAUGAGGUCGGGCAGUGGGGGCCUUGGGUUGGUGUUGGGUUGAUUCUGCUUGCGGAGUUGUUGAAUCGGCUGAUGAAGAGGAUGUGGCCGGAGAGGGCGACGAGUGUUGAUGAGGAGGAGCUGCCUAUUUGGAGCGCGAAGCAGGGUCCAUGUCAGGGGGAUGAGGAGGGGUGGAAGGUAAUGAAUGCAAGGACGAAUACGAUGAUGAGUGAGGUUUCGACUAUCAGGCGGAGGAAUAGCUUCUAG